AUGUCGUCCACAAAAUCACCAGCCGACGAGCCCACCGCGCUCGGGUCAACACCCGCAGACGGCGACGCGACCCCGCCAGACUCAAGCCUCGAUACAGCCUACAAAGCCAAGGCCGACAGGCUGAACCGCGCCAUUCAAGACAUCGGCAUGGGCCGGUACCAGUGGCAGCUAUUCGUGGUGAUCGGAUUCGGCUGGGCCAGCGAUAACCUCUGGCCGAUCGUGACUUCGCUAAUCCUCCCACCGGUGGCAUACGAAUUCCACGCCUCAAAGCCACCCUUCCUCACGCUAGCGCAGAACAUCGGGCUCCUCAUCGGUGCCGUAUUCUGGGGUUUCGGGUGCGACGUGUUCGGGCGCAAAUGGGCGUUCAACCUGACCAUCGGCAUCACGGCGGUAUUUGGACUGAUCGCGGCCGGGUCACCGAAUUUCGGUGCUGCGUGUGCAUUCGCGGCGCUCUGGUCUGUCGGUGUUGGGGGCAAUUUGCCGGUUGAUUCGGCUAUUUUCUUGGAAUUUUUGCCCGGGUCGCAUCAGUGGCUUUUGACGGUUUUAUCGGUUGAUUGGGCGUUUGCGCAGUUGUUGGCUACUUUGGUUGCGUGGCCGCUGUUGGGUAACAUGACGUGCGGCUCGGAAGAGGGUUGUACGAGAUCGAAGAAUAUGGGGUGGCGGUACUUUUUGAUUGCUAUGGGUGGGCUGGCAAUGAUUAUGUUCGUCGUGCGCUUUGUGUUUUUCACUAUCUUCGAGUCGCCCAAGUAUCUGAUGGGCAAGGGGAGGAAUGCGCAGGCAGUGGAUGUUGUGCAUGAAGUAGCCCGCAGGAACGGUAAAACAUCGCCGUUGACUCAGAACGACCUUGAUGAUUUCGAUGAAGGCGAGUCGCAUGGUUUCACGGCGAGCAAUAUCGUCCGCCAACGUCUGGACAAGCUUCGCUUCCAGCAUAUCCGAGCACUAUUCGACACGCCCAAAAGAGCGUACUCAACCACUUUGAUCAUCCUCGUCUGGGCCUUUAUCGGCCUCGGCUUCCCACUAUACAACGCCUUCCUCCCAUACAUCCAACAGUCCCGAGGCAUCGAAUUCGGCGACGGAUCAACAUACAUCACAUACCGAAACUCCCUCAUCAUCGCAGCCAUGGGUAUCCCCGGCUGUCUUCUCGGCGGCUUUCUAGUCGAGCUCCCCCGUUUCGGACGCAAAGGCGCAUUAUCGAGCUCCACAGCAUUGACGGGUGUGUUCCUGCUUGCAUCAACAACGGCGAACACAUCGAAUGCCCUGCUAGGAUGGAACUGCGCCUAUAACUUCAUGAGCAGCCUCAUGUACGCCGUGCUGUACGCGUACACUCCAGAGAUCUUCCUGACGAAAGAUCGUGGCACGGGGAAUGCGUUGACGGCAAGUGCUAAUCGUAUCUUUGGCAUUAUGGCGCCGAUUGUGGCCAUGUAUGCGAAUUUGAACUCUGCUGCGCCGGUGUAUGUGAGUGGUGCUUUGUUCGUUGCUGCGGGUAUUCUGGUUGUUUUACUUCCUUAUGAAUCCCAGGGCAAGGCGAGUCUGUAA